ACACGUCUUAGCAUUAUCAUAUGUAGUAUUGUCGGCCAUCGCGCACGUAGGCUAUACCUACCUGUCAGUGGCGAUGGUGCUGAAGGCGGUGUCUGUUAUCACUCACGCCGUCGUCAACAUCAUGAAGCGAGCGUUUAUCGUGGUGCUGCUGUGUGUGUUUGCUCAAAGGAAUGUCGGCAUCAGUAACUGGGCUGGUUUGGUUGUAGCGGCAGUCGGAGUGUACGCAUAUUCCACUGAGAAGAAGCAUAAGCAAGGCACAUCAAUGGAUGGAAGAUUAUUGGGUGUACGCACGUACAAGGCAGGGACUUUCAUACUGGCUGUUUUAACUGGACUAGUUAUUCUAUCGGUGUACUUCUCAGAUUCGUCGUUUGGUUCAUCACCUGAAGAGCGAGGUCGUGAAGAUGAUGUCUACACUAUGUAUUCAAAUGUAACGUAUGAUUCGAACAAUCAUACAUCAGUAAAGGACGAGUUUCUGAAAUGGAGAUUGGUAGAACAUCCGACAGAAACUGAUCAAAUGUCACCUUUAAUGACGUCACGUUAUGACGUCAUAAAUGAAGCCCAAAGAAUACAUAUGAACCUUUUCAGUGAUUUGAUCGGGAGGUAUAAAUACGCCAUGUUAUUUGAUGUAGCGGACUACGAGAACAAAGGCGACCCGGCCAUAGCUGUGGGCGAGAUCCGUCUCCUGAGAAGACUGGGCAUCCAGCUUGUGUACUAUUGCGUAACAUCCAAGUGUAAGGCAGGUGCAAUAGAAACGGCAUUUGAAGAAAGCAAACUCUAUUCCAAUGAUGAUCUGGUUAUACUGCUACAAGGAGGGGGGAACAUUUUUUCAUACGAGAGAGCUGAAACUGUGAGAAAACUGGUCAUUACAACAUUUACAAAACAUAAGAUAAUACUGUUUCCACAAAGCAUUUGGUUUCGCUAUAGAGCGAAAAAAGUUCGUCGCUACACCCAUAUGUAUAACCAGCACGACAACCUGACUGUGAUGGUGCGAGACAGGCUUUCACUGAAAAGAGCAAAAGGUGUUUUCACUCGAGCUAAUAUUAUCUUGGCGCCGGAUAUGGCGUUCCAAAUUGGACCAGUUUCGCGGUUUAUGCCACCAUCCUUCGACAUCUUGUGGCUAAAACGCCGUGACGCUGAAACAACCGGAUAUGAUCCGCCGGUCUUCCCCGCGCAUGUCUCGGUUCGCGUUUCCGACUGGAUACACUGGCAUUCGGCCUGUAAUGACAGUUCUAUGGAAAAGGCAUUUACCAUUGCAACCAACGGCAUGAUGUUCCUUCAGAGAGGCCGCGUGGUGAUCACUGACCGCCUGCACGGACACAUCCUGUCCACCCUGCUGGGCAUCCCCCACGUGAUACUGGACAACAACUACCACAAGGUGUCCAGCUACAGGCACAGCUGGACGAGGGGUAUGGAGUUUGUGAAAUUUGCCAACACAAGCGUUCAAGCUGCUGACAUGGCGAUGGAACUCUUACAGAAAUACAACUCAACACUCCCUGAUAUUAUUCAAUAUGACGUAAAGCAUAACUAGACGUUUUGACACCGUCAAACAUUAACGGUACAGAAUCAUCCCCUAUUGUUUGGUUAGACAACACUGAGCAUUUAAAAUAUUUGAUAAUAUGUUAAGAUUCAUUUAUGUCCAUUUGUACGUUAUUUAAAUAUUGCAAAUGAAUGGUUGGCGUUUAAUUAAGCAGCCCCCUGCAAUUAGAACCUCAUACCUGUUAUAUCUCUUACAUACGCCUGAGGAAUUAUCUGACAUAUGAUAUAGGGUCUGUUGGAGAAACGAAAAACCGACAGAGUUGUCUCCUCGGACAACUCUCCACUUCCGGUGCAUACAGUCGAAACAAAACAUGACAGAUGAUGAAUACGUGAGACUUGUUUAUGAAUAACAACCACUUUAUUCUUUACGUCGACUUUUCAUGGUCCCUUCAUUAGAUCAUAUAUUUACAAAAGGUUGGAUUAAUGUACAAAAAUAAAAAUAUUAUGACAAUUCAGACAACUAUAUUUCCUGGCAACAAACCAAAAUUUUCCAUACCAACAUCAAUCACUGGAAAAAGAAAACUGCAAGAAACUUAUGAAAAAACAAAGAAGGAAGCCAUCCAUUCAGAGACCAAUGCCAACUUAAAAUGACAAAAUGCCAUUUAUAUGUCAUUUGAAAUAAUAUUACGAAAAUCCUUAUUAUCAUCAUAGUCAUGAGAAGUACACAAUCAUAAACCAUUGACGUUUGAAACAUAGUUUUCUUAAAUGAUCAAAGUCAUCGUAAAUAAUUUCCGUCGCAAGGAUGAAAUUUACGCUACUAAAUAUAUAAUAAAUAUUAUUAUCUCACAUAAUACUUGACUACAUUCUUUGGUGUAGGCAAGAAUUAUGUGAGCUACACUAUCACAAUGAGGUAAAUGCAUUUGUCUAUAGUUUGAUUGGGCUACCCGCCACGGCUAAAGGUAAUACACAUUUCUUAGAAGGGACGUAGAUAAAUAAUUAAUUGUAAACAUGAUAGAUUAAUAACCAAAGUUAUAAUAUUAUCAUGUUGAGAGGCAAAUGGGUGACUCAGGACGAAAAUGGGUGAUUUGUAGUUUCCACUUUUUUGUAAGAAUUGGUAAGAGGAACUUUGAUGGGGGAUUGUGGAUAUCUUUGCAGAAUAUUUGUAACAUAUACCAUGUUGUCCGACUGUAGAUAGGAUUUGUGAUCUUAACAAUCAUCGGAUGUGACCAUGUAAACAUGAUCUCAUUUGUCUUUGUGAUUUUUAAAUUGCCCAUUGAUCAUACUGAGUAUUAGUGUUUGGGGAUAUCAAAGUUAACUCUUUAUUAUUAUAGGAAAUUGUCAGUGAAUUUAGAUGGGGUGAGUGAGUGAGUAUUUUUUACGCCGCUUUUAGCAAUAGUCCAGCUAUAUCA